UUCAUCUGUGAUCCCAAUGACUCCAUUUUUACAAAUUUCAUUUUCUCUUGUUCAACGAAACGUGAACAUCUUUUUACCAUAGUGACCACAAGAUGGCAACAUCGUCCAUUGCAAAAUAAAAAGUAAACUUUCUCUCUUUAUAUAUCGUCGUCUUCAAUUCAUCAAUCAUUAUCUUCCAAAAGUCAUCAAAAUGGUAAAAAUACCUGUGGAAUUCAAAAGGCUAGCGGCAGUUUUCAAUGAGGGAGCUAGGAUUAGGCCAUGUGAUGAGAGCAGCGGCAGCGAGCACUCAGCGGAUUUGUCUGAUCUUGUGAAUUCGUUUAUAGAGAGAGAAAUCAGAGAAAGAAGAGAACCUGAAGAAGAUAUUGAAGAGAAAGAUGAUAAUGAGAUUAAAUUGGAAAGCAAUUCUCACAAUUCUGAACUGAAAGAUUCGUUGAAAAAAGUGUUGGGAUGUGAACAUGAUGAUGUUAGGAGAAGAAUUCAUGCUGAGGUAGAAAUGGCCUACAAGGAAAUCGGCGAUUACAGCUCGUCGGAAUUGAAACGCCGGUUAAUGUCUCGGUUACGCGUUAGAGGCUUUAAUGCCGGUCUUUGCAAAUCAAAGUGGGAGAAAAAUGGCGGGCGCAUAUCUGGGGAUUAUGAGUACAUUGACGUAAAUGUUGGUGGGAUUCGGUACAUAAUUGAAGUUUUUCUUGCAGAAGAAUUCAAAAUAGCCCGUCGAACGGACUUCUACGCCUCUUUACUCGAUCUUUUCCGUCCAGUUUUUGUUGGCCAAGUAGACGAACUGAAGCAAAUUGUAAGGCUAAUGUGCAGUGCGAUGAAGAAGUCGUUGAAGCGCGUGAAAAUUCACGUUCCGCCGUGGCGCCGACUUGCCUACAUGCAAGCCAAGUGGUUUGGCUCUUACAAACGAACAAUUAAUGAAAUUCCUGUCCGAAAUGGAUCAAACUUCGGUGAAGCUCUGUCAGAUAAGAGAUCGAGUGGGUUCGUGCUUGUGCCGGAAAUUUCUUUCUAUUGCAGAGAAAAUUUUGCUCGCCGGGAUGGUGCAAGAAUAGGCAACUUGGCCGCAGCUUUGAAGGACAGCGGAGUGCUACUCUAAGCUGGGUGAAUUGCAAUUGGAUACCGAACCCGGGUCGGGUUCACGGGUCUCCCCUCAAAUGUGGAACAAACUAUUGGCAUUUCUUCAUUAGUUAAUUUAAAAUUCGAAUUUGUAUAUAUUAUUUUUAUAACCCACUUCAUUAAUGUGUAAAAUAUAUGUGAAAAAGUUGGAAGGAUCAAAGAUAAGUCCAAUAGGCAUCAUUAUUCUUCCUUGUAUUGUCUUAUAAGGUGUGAUUCUUAGUGCUUAUAAAUAAAGUUUUGACCGUAUACUUUUACAGUUUAAA